AUGGACGACCAGUUCCAAAGUCGCACAGACGACGAUCUGUUCGCCGACGACUUCGAGCCCGUCGAGCAGACGUACGUCGAGCCAACACCACCCGUGCCCGUCCAGGAGCCACGGACAGAGGCAGCCGCCGUGGUAGAGCAACCGCCGUCUACAAUAGAGACGCAACAGUCGACAGAGCCCACGCCGAAACCAACCAAAAAGCCAAGCGCCCUGUCGCAAUCACGACACAACACCCAGCAGAAGCCCCGCCAGCAGCGCAAACAUUCCCCGAAGCCCAAGGCCGCCGUCGCGGCGCCAACAGCGCCGGCCUCAGAAACCCCUACGUCUGAUCCCACGACUACUGAGACUCCCGACGUCCCGCCGGCGCCUGUCGAGUCUGGCGCGCCCCCGACCGCGCCCAAGGGCCCUGCCGCCGCGGCCGCCGCGACCGCCGCAGCGGGUACGACGGCGCCGGGCUCCAACACGGCGGGGCCCAACCGGCACCUGAGCGGGCAGAACCCGCGGACCAAGCUGACGGACGCGGAGCUGGAGCAGAAGAUGGCGGCCAUGAAGCUGGCCAACGCGGAGCGGACGCGCAAGUUCGAGCAGGCGGCGCUGGACGAGCGGUCGCACGACCUGGCGCUGCAGAAGAGCCAGGCCGAGGCCCGCAAGCGCCGUGCCGAGGAGGCCGAGCGCCGCCGCCGCGGCGAGGAGGACCGCCGCAAGCUCGAGGAGGAGCGCGAGCGCAACCGCGAGCGCAAGCUCAAGGCCCUCGGCUCCUGGGACCAGGAGAAGAGCGGCAGCGGCCUGCAGGACGAGCCCGAGCGCCGCCCCUUCCGCGGCGCCAACGGCGGCGUCCGGGGCGAGCGCCGCGGCGGCGGGCUGGGUGGCAGUCGGUUUGCGGAGCGGGAGGGCAGCAGCCAGGAGGACGCGCCGGAGGGCGGCGCCCGGCAGUUCGACGCGGGCGAGUUCCGGGGCCGGGGGCGCGGGCGCGGACGAGGCGGCAGCACGCGAGGUGGUGGAGGACGGGGCGGCGGCCGAGGCGGCUUCGGCGACAACGGCAACGAGCGCAACGGGCACCACGGCAAAGCAGACGCGGCGCCGCCGAACCCGGACGAGUUCCCGGCCCUGCCUCCCCAGCCGCAGAAGCUCGACACCAGCGCCGCGCCGCCCGCGAAGCUCGAGCUGCCGACGCUGUCGCCGAGGGGCAAGUGGGACGAGGAGAUGGAGUCUCUGGACGCAGCUGCCGCCCAGCAGUCCUAG